AUGUCGUCCAUCUCUACGACCUCCCCCGACGCUGAUAUCAUCCUUCUCCCUACUGGCGACGGCGCCGUAGAGAUACACGCCCACCGCUGUAUUCUUUCGGCGGCCUCGCCUUUCUUCAAAACAAUGUUCUCACUUCCUCAGAAGGAUGCUGGUGGAAUACAGGUCAUACCGCUUCCUGAAUCGCCAUACGUUGUCGAUACCUUGCUUCAGUUCAUUUACCCCGUCCCCGACCCUUCGAUUUCGUCUUUAGGCGAGCUUGUUGACAUACUCGCUGCGGCCACGAAAUACGACUGCGUCGCUCCCCUCGCUUCCUUGCGAAGAACGCUCAUAUCGCCUACCUUCCUCCGCGAGGAGCCUACCCGCGUCUACGCAAUUGCAUGCCGCUUUGACCUGCAGGAAGAAGCGAGGAUAUCAUCCCGAUAUACGCUGGAUGUCAACGUGCUUGACUGUCCACUCUCUGAGGACCUGAAGCACAUCUCUGCUUAUUCCUACCACCAAUUACUUGACCUCCAUCGGCGACGAGGACGUGCCGCACUAGAUCUACUUAAAGCCGGCGAUGAGAUAAAGUGCAUGCAGUGCAAUGGGAACUCAUUCAGCGUGUAUAGUUCCCCGAAGUGGUGGUCAGAGUUUGAGAAGCGGGCGAAGGAGGAACUUAGGGCACGGCCCACAACUAACGUGAUCUUCACUAUGGAAUUUCUCUGCGAGGUUGCCAAUGCUGGGGGAUGUGUGCGUUGCCCGGGAAGUGUUUUGAACUCGCAUAGGUACCUGACCAAAUUGAAAGAGAGCAUUGAUGCAUUACCUGCCACUAUAUGA